UUCUGUAUCUGUAAUUACUGUAUUUACCUAGACUAGAGUAUCGCCAUUUCUUUAAUAAAAAUUUGUUUUAAGAGUAAUUGACAUUUAAUAACCGUGUUUUAAUUAAUAUUACUACUUGCUGAGAAGAAUAUUAUGUACCAAGUGUUAAAUUGAAAAAUGGGUGAAGAUUAUAAUGGAGAUCGUGACCGUCAAGACCGUGACAAAGAUAGGGACAGGGACAGAGAUCGUGAUAGAAGACACAGAUCUCGUAGUAGAGAUCGUAGGAAAAGAUCACGUACUCGUUCCAAAGAUAGAAGAGAUAGAAAGAGAAGCAGUUCACCUAAAAAGAGUCGCAGUUCUAGAAGAAGGAAACCUUCUCUUUAUUGGGAUGUUCCACCACCAGGAUUUGAACACAUUACACCUUUGCAGUAUAAAGCUAUGCAAGCUGCAGGACAAAUACCUGCAAAUAUUGUAGCAGACACACCACAAGCAGCAGUGCCAGUAGUUGGUAGUACCAUAACUCGACAAGCAAGAAGACUUUAUGUAGGAAACAUUCCAUUUGGUGUGACUGAGGAAGAAAUGAUGGAAUUCUUUAAUCAACAAAUGCACUUAUCUGGUCUUGCUCAAGCUGCUGGAAAUCCAGUUUUAGCAUGCCAGAUUAAUCUUGAUAAAAACUUUGCUUUCUUAGAGUUCCGUUCGAUAGACGAAACAACGCAAGCUAUGGCAUUUGAUGGUAUCAACUUCAAAGGGCAAAGUUUAAAAAUAAGAAGACCGCAUGAUUAUCAGCCAAUGCCAGGAAUGACUGAUAAUCCAAGUAUGAACGUGCCAGGUACGGUUCCUGAUUCUCCACACAAGAUUUUCAUUGGUGGUUUACCCAAUUAUUUGAACGAAGAACAGGUCAAAGAAUUACUGAUGAGUUUCGGACAGUUAAGAGCAUUCAAUCUAGUAAAGGAUUCAGCUACAGGUCUAUCCAAAGGUUACGCAUUUUGCGAAUAUGUUGACGUGUCAAUGACUGAUCAAGCAAUUGCUGGAUUAAAUGGAAUGCAGCUGGGAGACAAGAAGCUAAUUGUCCAACGAGCUAGCGUGGGUGCCAAGAAUCCUAUGAUAGGUGCACAAGCUCCAGUUCAAAUUCAGGUGCCUGGAUUGUCUAUGGUGGGCACGAGUGGACCAGCAACUGAGGUCCUCUGCUUACUAAACAUGGUAACUCCUGAGGAAUUAAUGGAAGAAGAGGAAUAUGAAGAUAUCUUAGAGGACAUUAAAGAAGAAUGUAAUAAAUAUGGUGUGGUUCGAUCUGUGGAAAUACCAAGACCUAUAGAAGGUGUUGAUGUACCUGGAUGUGGAAAAGUAUUCGUCGAGUUUAAUAGCGUAAUUGACUGCCAAAAAGCACAGCAGACACUUACAGGACGAAAGUUUAAUAACCGUGUUGUUGUGACAUCAUACUUUGAUCCUGACAAGUAUCAUCGCCGAGAAUUUUAAGAUGUAGAUUUUUUCAUACAUUAAUUAACUGACUCCAGUGUAUAAUAUAUAUAUUGAACGAAUAAUCUAACAAUCUCUAAAAUUAAUCAUUUUUUCUCAUCAGAAUGUACAAUAAGUAAUGUAAUUGAUUUGCAAUCGUACUGUGCAUUGAAAAGUAGUUGUUGUAAUUUAUGUAUCUUUCGAUGAUGUAACCAUGUACGAGUAAAAACGUAAUUUACAAAAUUAA